CUCCGCCCUCCGUCACUCUCCUGGUCCGGGUCUCCGCGGCUCGGCGCCGGCCCGCCAUGGUGCGGUCGGCGAGCCCUGCGCGGCCCCGCUGAGCCUCCGUGCGGCGGCGAGCCGGGCUCGGGGUCACCAUGCCUACCCGAGUGUGUUGCUGCUGUUCUGCUCUGCGUCCUCGCUACAAACGCCUGGUGGACAACAUAUUCCCUGAAGAUCCAAAAGAUGGCCUUGUUAAAGCCGACAUGGAGAAAUUGACAUUUUAUGCAGUAUCUGCUCCAGAGAAACUGGACCGAAUUGGUUCUUACUUAGCAGAAAGGUUGAGCAGGGAUGUUGUCAGACAUCGUUCUGGGUAUGUUUUAAUUGCUAUGGAGGCUUUGGACCAGCUUCUUAUGGCUUGCCAUUCUCAGAGCAUCAAGCCAUUUGUGGAAAGCUUUCUUCAUAUGGUAGCAAAGCUGCUAGAAUCAGGGGAACCAAAGCUUCAAGUUCUUGGAACAAAUUCUUUUGUCAAAUUUGCAAAUAUUGAAGAAGACACACCAUCCUAUCACAGACGUUACGACUUUUUUGUAUCUCGCUUCAGUGCCAUGUGUCAUUCCUGUCAUAGUGAUCCAGAAAUACGAACAGAAAUCCGAAUUGCUGGAAUCAGGGGUAUUCAAGGAGUGGUUCGCAAAACAGUUAAUGAUGAACUUCGGGCUACCAUUUGGGAACCCCAGCAUAUGGAUAAAAUUGUUCCAUCCCUGUUGUUUAACAUGCAAAAGAUAGAAGAGACUGACAGUCGCACAGGUCCUCCUCCCUCCCCUCCUGCCACUGACAAAGAAGAGAAUCCCGCUGUGCUGGCCGAAAACUGUUUCAGAGAACUGCUGGGUCGAGCAACUUUUGGGAACAUGAACAAUGCUGUUAGACCAGUUUUUGCGCAUUUAGACCAUCACAAACUAUGGGAUCCCAAUGAAUUUGCAGUUCACUGCUUUAAAAUUAUAAUGUAUUCCAUUCAGGCUCAGUAUUCUCACCAUGUAAUUCAGGAGAUUCUAGGACACCUUGAUGCUCGUAAAAAAGAUUCUCCACGGGUUCGAGCAGGUAUCAUCCAGGUUCUGUUAGAGGCUGUUGCCAUUGCUGCUAAAGGUUCCAUAGGACCCACAGUGCUGGAAGUCUUUAACACCCUCCUGAAGCAUCUGCGUCUCAGUGUUGAAUUUGAAGCAAAUGAUUUACAGGGGGGAUCCGUAGGCAGUGUUAAUUUAAACUCAAGUUCCAAAGACAAUGAUGAGAAGAUUGUGCAGAAUGCUAUCAUCCAAACAAUAGGAUUUUUUGGAAGUAACCUACCAGAUUAUCAGAGGUCAGAAAUAAUGAUGUUCAUUAUGGGGAAAGUACCCGUUUUUGGAACAGCCACCCAUACUUUGGAUAUCAGUCAACUAGGGGAUUUGGGAACCAGGCGGAUUCAGAUAAUGUUGCUGAGAUCUUUACUUAUGGUGACCUCUGGAUACAAAGCAAAGACAAUUGUUACUGCACUGCCUGGAUCUUUUCUGGAUCCUUUGUUAUCACCAUCUCUCAUGGAAGACUAUGAACUGAGACAGUUAGUCUUGGAAGUCAUGCAUAAUCUCAUGGAUCGCCAUGACAAUAGGACAAAACUUCGAGGGAUCAGAAUAAUACCAGAUGUAGCUGACCUAAAGAUAAAAAGAGAAAAAAUUUGUAGACAAGAUACAAGUUUCAUGAAAAAGAAUGGGCAGCAAUUGUAUCGGCACAUAUAUUUGGGCUGUAAAGAGGAAGACAAUGUUCAGAAAAACUAUGAACUACUUUAUACUUCUCUUGCUCUUAUAACUAUUGAAUUGGCCAAUGAGGAAGUGGUUAUUGAUCUCAUUCGAUUAGCUAUUGCUUUACAGGACAGUGCGAUUAUCAAUGAGGAUAAUUUGCCAAUGUUCCAUCGCUGUGGGAUCAUGGCGCUGGUUGCGGCGUACCUCAACUUUGUAAGUCAGAUGAUAGCUGUCCCUGCAUUUUGCCAACAUGUUAGCAAGGUUAUUGAAAUCCGAACUAUGGAAGCCCCUUAUUUUCUACCAGAGCAUAUUUUCAGAGAUAAGUGCAUGCUUCCAAAAUCUUUAGAAAAGCAUGACAAAAAUUUAUACUUUUUGACCAACAAGAUUGCAGAGUCACUAGGUGGAAGCGGCUAUAGUGUUGAGAGAUUGUCAGUACCAUAUGUACCGCAAGUUACAGAUGAAGAUCGACUUUCUAGAAGAAAAAGUAUUGUGGACACCGUAUCCAUUCAGGUGGAUAUUUUACCCAACAGCAUUCCUUCUGAUGACGUGGUUAAUAACACUGAAGAAAUCACCUUUGAAGCGUUGAAGAAAGCAAUUGAUACCAGUGGAAUGGAAGAACAGGAAAAGGAAAAGAGGCGUCUUGUGAUAGAGAAAUUCCAGAAAGCACCUUUUGAAGAAAUAGCAGCACAGUGUGAAUCCAAAGCAAAUCUCCUUCAUGAUCGACUUGCUCAAAUACUGGAACUCACCAUACGCCCUCCUCCCAGUCCAUCAGGAACACUGACCAUUACUUCUGGGCAUGCCCAGUACCAGUCCGUCCCAGUCUAUGAGAUGAAGUUUCCAGAUCUGUGUGUGUACUGAGUGGCUCACGAAGAUCUCAGUGUAGGAUCUAAAGCCGAAAAAUUAAGGCCAUGCUGAGUUUUCAGAGUUUACUUAAUGCGUAUUAACAUAAUUCUUGAGAAUAA